AGUGACGUCCUACAGAAGACGACAGACACAGGGGUGAAGGUUGAUGCAAUGGUGGUGCCCCGAGUUUUUCCUCUUUCCUGUGUCGUACAGGACUAUGCAUGGGGUAAGCUGGGGAGGGACAGUGAGGUAGCCAGCCUGUGGGCAAAAGGUGAACCUGAGCGGCAAAUAGAACCAAACAGGCCAUAUGCAGAGCUAUGGAUGGGUUCUCACCCUAAGGGAGAUGCCAUCAUCCUAGAUAACCGCAUUACCGAGAAAACACUAGGACAGUGGAUUGCUGCUCACCCAGAAUGCCUUGGGUCUAAAGUCAGAAAGGCAUUUGAAGACCAGCUGCCGUUCCUGUUCAAAGUACUAUCAGUCAGACUGGCACUUUCAAUCCAAGCUCACCCUGAUAAGGCAUUGGCUGAGAAGCUUCACGCCCAGUUUCCUCAACACUACCCUGAUGCAAACCACAAACCAGAGAUGGCCAUAGCUCUUACUCCAUUCCGGGGAAUGUGUGGAUUUCGGCCUGUGUCAGAAAUAGUAGGCUUCUUACGUGAUGUGCCAGAGUUCUGUGCUCUGAUUGGCCAAGAGGCUGCGCAGGAGUUGGAGAUGUGUGCUGUAGAACCAUGUGAUGGUAUAAAGGUGCGGGAUGCUCUGCAGAGAUGCUUCACACACAUGAUGCAGAGUGGCAAGAAGGAGUGUGCUGAGCAACUCAACCUCCUGGUGCAGCGAGUAUCUCAGCAAGCUCAGAAUGGAUUAGACGUCUCUCCUUGCAUCGGAGAUCUGCUGCUUACAUUACACUCUCAGUUUCCUGGGGAUAUUGGCUGCUUUGCAAUCUACUUCCUCAAUGUACUGACCCUGCAGCCUGGAGAAGCCAUGUAUUUGGGGGCUAAUGAACCCCACGCUUAUCUAAAAGGAGACUGUAUGGAGUGUAUGGCAUGCUCAGAUAACACAGUCCGUGCUGGUCUCACCCCUAAGUUUAUAGACGUUCAAACCUUGUGUGAGAUGCUGACUUAUAUUCCGGCUCCUGCUAGCUCAAAGCUUUUCACUCCUGUUCCUAUCAGUGGAGACCCUUAUGCGCUUCUUUAUAACCCUCCAAUACCGGAUUUCUCCGUCAUCAAGAUUGAGGUACCAUCUACUGUGUCUAAAUACCAUGUGGAGCCUGUAGACUCAGCCAGCAUCCUGUUGUGUGUCCGUGGACAGGCCACAAGCUGUGACUCUCAUGAGAAUCUUAACCUCCAUCCUGGCACUGUCCUCUUCAUCUCAGCUAAUGAAAAACUGACACUUGUCAUGGAUGCCCCCAAUAGUCUCUUACUCUUUAGGGCCUGCUGCUUGCUUUGAUAGGAUAAUUGAGGGGCAACCCUAAUAAAAUAGAUCUUCCCCUGUGGUGAUGCCAAAUCUCCAGCAAUGUCCCUGGGUGUUUGUGGCCUAUGUUGAAUCAGGGCAGAGAAUAGACACGGCUUUUCCUCUUGCAGGUCCUUUGAGGUGUUUGGGUGAUUAUUUCCGCUAGUGAGGAUCAGUUUGUUGCAUGCUUUAGUAAAGUGCUAGAGGAGAAUUCUGAAACACUUCAGAUAUGUUAAGCUAGAUGAUGUUGUUUUAGCUGUUACCCCAUUUGUUACUACUCACACUGACUGCUAGCAAGGGCUGAUGUGCAUUGCUUAAGUAUGUGUUACAGCCCUCUCUAACAGACAGAAAUUAUGCUUUUAUAGUGGUGAAGCCCAAAAUUAGUUACAUGAAGAUUAUAAGAUUCCUGGAAAAAAAAAGUGCCCAGCAUUAAUAUUUCCUGCUUUGUUACUCUUACAAAAAAAUGAAUCCUGGAGCUGUAUUGAAGUUGAGUUUUUGCAGAUAAUACCCACUGGAAUGUUGGUCCUGCCAUGAUCAGAUACUACAGUUCUGGUGAUUUGCAGAGUAUGGUUUAUUAUAUUGCUUGUGUUAUAGUUACAGUGAAACGUGUAGUCUGGUUUACAAACAGUAAAGCUUGAGGAUUCAAAAAAA